CCAACCAUCGAUAGUCUCAAUAGUUGCCCCGAUGUUUUGUCAGCAAGUUCCAACAUUUAUUGCAAAAUGCUGUGAAAAUCCAUAUUUAUAUUACUUUAAAUGCUCAAUUGUGUGCAACGGAUGGCCGCGGGGGCGUGUGCAGUGAAAUCCGCGCGAAACGAUACCGAAAAUGCGUCGAAAAACAAGUGCGAAAAACGAUGAAAUCUAGUCAACCAAAGUUUGUGAAUGGACGGGGAAGAAGAGCUGAGACGAGGCUAGGCAGCAACAACAAAACGAAAAACGCAAAUAAAAGUGACACGCAGGAACAGAAAAAUGCAAUUUAUUUAAAUAUAUGUACUAGAAAUAAGUGAUAUUUAAAUACGACGGUGACACAAACAAGUGAGAAGGUGUGGGACGAAAGUCUAUAUUGCUCUCUCUCUCUCUCACACUCCGUCGCUUUGGUGUUAUUGUUGUUGUUGUUUUGGGGUUGAAAAGGCAUCGCCUGCAUAACUGUUAACGCGUGACGUACAAACCCAAACAGCAGUCAAGUGCACCUCCACCACCCCUCCCUACCCAUCACCCCAACCCCAGUGAGCAUAAGGAAACCCAUUUUAAACCGAGGUUCCACAAAUAUAUACAUAAUUCAUCAUGAUGGACAACGACGAUACCCUGCUCAACAAUGGCGGGCCACAGUCCGGAGCGGAGACCGUUUACGGAACGGAGGACAACAACAUGGUCAUGUCUGAGAAGAAUGAAGAGGUUGUCAGCAUCGUCCAACAACUGGCGGGGAGCAUUUAUCAGGAGUUCGAGCGUAUGAUCAAUCGGUAUGACGAGGAUGUGGUGAAGAACCUGAUGCCAUUGCUGGUGAACGUGCUGGAGUGCCUGGAUGCCUCGUAUCGUAUCAAUCAGGAGCAGGAUGUGGAAGUGGAGCUGCUGCGAGAGGAUAACGAGCAGCUGGUGACACAAUAUGAGCGGGAAAAGAGUGCCCGCAAACAGUCCGAACAGAAGCUAUUGGAGGCUGAGGACCUGGCUGAGCAGGAGAACAAGGAGCUCGCCACGCGCCUGGAAUCGGUGGAGAGCAUUGUCCGAAUGCUAGAACUGAAGCACAAGAAUAGCCUAGAGCAUGCCAGUCGGCUGGAAGAGCGGGAGGCGGAUCUCAAGAAGGAGUACAACAAGCUGCACGAACGGUAUACGGAGCUGUUUAAAAACCAUGUGGACUACAUGGAACGCACCAAAAUGCUAAUGGGCUCGACGCACUCCCAAAUGAGUACCGCCUCCGACCGCAUGGAGGUGAGUCGAGCCAGACUCAAUCCCGUGGCUCGCAGCUCGGGACCCGUUUCCUACGGCUUUGCCUCGCUGGAGAAUUCGGUGAUGCUGGACACAGAGAUUUGCAGCGUGGGCAGCCAGUCGGAUGACUCGGGGCCACCGUCGUUGCAGAAUGAGCUCGAUAGCCUAGCCGCUGGAACGGUGGAACGCGGCGCUGCCACUGAUGCCCUGCAGCAGCAGCAUCAGGGCACCUCGCCCCAAAGCCCCGACAGCAGCCCAAUUGUGCCAAAUGUGCCCGCAAAUGGUAUUGGUCGUUCGACCACCAAAAAGGAGCAGCGCUCGGAUAACAAUCUUUACCAAGAGCUGUCCUUCCAGGACAACGAGGAAAGUGAAGAGAAUGAGAUUGUCACAGGCAGCUGGGUACAUCCCGGAGAGUAUGCAUCCUCAGCUAACGACAACUAUUUUGGCAUGGGCAAGGAGGUUGAAAAUCUCAUCAUGGAGAACAAUGAGCUGCUGGCCACCAAAAAUGCACUCAAUAUUGUCAAGGACGAUUUGAUUGUAAAAGUGGAUGAACUCACCGGAGAGGUGGAAAUUGUCCGGGAGGAGCUCAAUGCUAUGCAACAGUCAAGGACAAAGUUAAGGCAGCGCAUCAGCGAGUUGGAAGAUGAGCUAAAGAAGGCCAAGGAGCAGGUCAAGCAGCAGAACACUGAGCAGGAGGAAAACGAUGUACCGCUGGCCCAGCGCAAGAGAUUCACCCGAGUGGAGAUGGCCAUGGUUCUGAUGGAGCGCAACCAGUACAAGGAACGACUCAUGGAGUUGCAGGAGGCAGUUCGUCUCACGGAAAUACUCCGCGCCUCGCGCACUGUGGAUAAUUUGGACAAGAAGUCGAAGCAGAGCAUUUGGAAGUACUUUAGUAAUCUUUUUACCCCCUCCAACCGCCCAACGGAACGCGUUGCGGACGGUCUCGGAGGGGGGCCGAUGUUUCGUCACACCGGCGGAGGAAGCCCUGCCCACAGCCACGGAUCACCUAGCCGAGGAAGUGGAAGUGGCGAAAAUCGCCUGGCCCUAACCAGCGGCCAGCCGCCGGUGCAUCCAGCCAGCGCCGGUCGCAAUGCCCUCGUUAUGCCAAAGGACUAUGCCGAGGAAGGCAGCUCGGAGCGGAUAAGUGCGAGAAGAAGGGAACAGUACCGUCAGCUGCGCGCCCACGCAAAAGAGGACGGUCGCCUGCACGCCUACGGCUGGAGUUUGCCUAUCAACAAGGCCAGCCAGGAGGCGAAUCCGAGCCGGCAUUCUGGAGGUGUCCGUCCCGUCUACUGUAAUCCAUUGGCGGAAGCCUCGCCCCAUAUGAAGGUGUUCUGUGCGGCAGGCGUGAAUCUCCACGGCGGUUUCACCAAGGACGGCCAGUCGCUAAUACGCAACUCACCAUAUGCCCCCAAGUCGACGCUCAAGAUCACCGAGAUCACCAGUCCCACGGCCGAGCAGAGCGUGGAGGCUCUGGACAGACAGAUGGCCCGGGCCAGUCUAGAGACUCUGGAGCCGGAGACGCAGCUCAGCUCGUUUGUGUGGAUAUGCACGAGCACGCAUGCGGCCAGUACGGUCAGUGUGGUGGAUGCCAAUCAGUCGGCCACCGUUCUAGAUGCCUUUCCCAUCUGCUCCUCGCAUCUGCUCUGCAUUGCCUCCGUCCAGGGAGCAAUGGAGAGCGACUAUGCGCUGCUGGAGCAGUCGGAGGUGGUCAAGGCGGGUGAGAUGCUGCAGCGUCCCGGCGAGGGUGCGGAGUUGCUCGGCAAAGUGGAGUUUGUGCGAGUCAAACCGAAGUCUGAAGACGAACAGAACAGCAAUGCCAAGCAGCAGCAGGAGGAUGAAGAGGCCAAGGAGGCUACGGAAAAGUCCAACGAGCAGUUGCCUGCGGUGAGUGCCGAGGAGCCGCUGGGCAAUGUGGAGGCCAUCAAGAUUCGUCAGGCAUUGCCAGGCGCUCCUCAGCGACUCGCGAACGCCGAUGGCAGCCAUCCAGCGAACAAUAAUAACCACAGCAGCAGCAACAGCAGUGUUCUCUUCGCCACUAAAUCGCUGAAUCCCAUCCUUGGCACCAAGGAACGCGACGAGCCGUCUAUGAGUUCGGUGGGUCCCACAAUGUGGCUGGGCGCAGACGGCUGGCUGUACGUGCACAGCAGCGUGGGAAGGUGGCACGAGUGCUUGCACCGGGUUCUCCUGCCGGACGCUGUUCUAGCAAUUGUGCAUGUGGAGGCGAGGGUUGUUGUGGCGCUAGCCAAUGCCCAGCUGGCCGUGUUCCGCCGCCAGACAGACGGCCAAUGGGAUCUGAAUAGCUAUCACCUGGUGACGCUCGGUGAUCGCAACCAUUCGAUACGUUGCCUCUGUGUGGCCGGCGAGCGCAUUUGGGCGGCGCACCGCAACAAGAUCUUCAUCGUUGACCCCGUAUCGCUCAACAUUGUGCACUCGCUGGACGCUCAUCCGCGCAAGGAGAGCCAAGUGCGUCAAAUGGCUGCCACCGGAGCAGGUGUAUGGGUCUCCAUCAGACUGGACUCCACUCUGCGGCUGUAUAACACGCACACGUUCGAGCACAAGCAGGACGUGGAUAUUGAGCCCUAUGUAUCUAAGAUGCUCGGCACCGGGAAGCUGGGCUUCAGCUUCGUCCGCAUCACCGCUAUGGUGUCCUGCAACAGGCUGUGGAUCGGCACCAGCAAUGGCGUCAUCAUUUCGGUGCCGCUGGCCGAGGUGCAGCAAAAGACGUCAUCUGAUCCCAAUGGCCAGAUGCCGCUAUGCUGCAUGGCCAACGCUCAACUCUCCUUCCACGGCCACCGGGACGCGGUCAAGUUCUUUGUGUCUGUGCCGAUGCUGCAGCAACCGAGCAUGAACGGCGGCCUGACCUUCAGCAACAAGCGGCCCGAUAUGCUGGUCAUGUGCGGCGGCGAGGGCUACAUUGAUUUUCGCAUAAAUGAUAACGACAUGGAGAACAGUAUUCAACUGGAACCAAAUCAAACGAUCGAAAAUCGAGGCGAUAAGAGUUACUUGAUUGUGUGGCAUGUUAGUCAACGUUAAAAUCCAUUCUUUGGUUUAAGUGCAAAUUCAUAUAUACAUAUUUAUAACAGUUGUAUGAAUUCGUAUAUAUUCAAAGCGUAUAACCUUAUAGAAACACACCCUUGCAGGCUAGCAAAUGAAUUACCUUAAACUUUAGUAUAUUUACCUUAACAACUACCUUAAAAACUACCUACAUGAUGACAAAUAAUGGGUUCUAUUAACGUAAUUUAGUUAAAAAACAGAACUUUCUGGCCGCGUGUUUCGUAUAUUGCUUCAAUUAAACCAAAAAAAAAAGAAAAGGGAAAAGAAAGAGCAAAGUUAUUUUUAUCAGUGAUAGCCGGCUAAAAAUAUUACAUCAAUUGUGUACUAAGAUUUAAAUUUGUAAAUUUUAUGCGCGCUCUGCUGGCAGCAAGUUAUGUAUUUUGCAUAGACACAAAACACCACAUAUACAUAUAUACAAUAUAAAAUAUAAAUAUCUAAUUACGAUUAUAGAAAAGUGCGCCUUUUCAAUGGAACUUCUGCGUGAUUCUUUGUCCAAAUAUGUAGUAGAAUCUUAAUUUUCUUGCAAAAAUUAUCUAUUAUUUUUUUGUAAAGCGCGACCAUGAACAGUUUAUGUUUAGUUAUAUUCUGUUAAAUAAUUUUAAACCUUAGUUGACAAAUUUACAUGCCCUAACUUUGAUUGUUAUUAAUUUGUUUGUAAGAUUAUGUUUAGAAAUAAAACGGAAACUGACCAAAAAAUCA